UAACGUCAGUAUUUAAUAUCUCAUCGGUGAUUGGUCCGCCUCUAACAUUAAACUUAAAAGUCCAGGUUACCCGCGGAAAUCAGUCCUGUAUGAUCACGAUGACGGGGAAGUUGAUGAGCCGAGGUCAGCGGCUGGGCUGUGUGCUUGCGCUUAGUGUCCUAGCCUUAUUUCUCAGGGGCGUCCCUUGGGCCAGGGCUCUUGACAAUGGCUUGGCAAUGACCCCCACCAUGGGCUGGCUGCAUUGGGAGCGCUUCAUGUGCAACAUUGACUGCAAGGAAGAGCCGGAUUCCUGUGUCAGUGAGCAGCUCUUCAUGCAGAUGGCUGAUCUCAUGGUAUCAGAUGGCUGGAAGGAUGCAGGUUAUCAGUACAUCUGCAUUGAUGACUGUUGGAUGGCUUCCACACGAGAUUCAAAUGGCAAUCUUCAGGCAGACCCUAUGCGUUUUCCUGGUGGGAUUCGCCGCCUAGCUAAUUAUGUCCAUAGUAAAGGACUGAAGCUAGGGAUCUAUGCAGAUGUAGGCAACAAAACCUGCGCAGGCUACCCCGGGAGUUUUGGAUACUAUGACAUUGAUGCCAAGACCUUUGCUGACUGGGGAGUAGAUCUGCUAAAAUUUGAUGGUUGCUACUGUGACAGUUUGGAACAUUUGGCAGAUGGUUAUAAACAGAUGUCCUUGGCCCUGAACAGAACUAGCAGAAGCAUUGUGUACUCCUGUGAGUGGCCCCUUUAUAUGUGGCCUUUUCGUAAGCCCAAUUACACAGAAAUCCGACAGUACUGCAAUCACUGGAGAAAUUUUGGUGAUAUCUUUGAUUCCUGGCAAAGUGUAAAGAGUAUUUUGGACUGGUCAUCUUCUAACCAGGACACAAUUGUUGAUGUCGCUGGACCGGGGGGUUGGAAUGAUCCAGAUAUGUUAGUGAUUGGCAACUAUGGCCUCAGCUGGGAUCAGCAGGUAACUCAGAUGGCCCUCUGGGCUAUCAUGGCAGCUCCCUUACUCAUGUCUAAUGACCUCCGACACAUCAGCCCUCAAGCCAAAGUUCUACUUCAGAAUAAAUAUGUAAUUGCCAUCAACCAGGACCCCCUGGGCAAGCAGGGGUACCGGCUUAGAAAGGAAGACAACUUUGAAGUGUGGGAACGGCCUCUCUCAAGCUUAGCCUGGGCCGUGGCUAUAAGGAACCUGCUGGAGAUAGGUGGACCUCGUUCUCAUACCAUUUCAGUUGUUUUCCUGGGUAGAUCAGUGGCCUGUAAUCCUGCCUGCCUCAUCACACAGCUCCUUCCUGUGAAAAAAGAGCUUGGGCUCUUUGAAUGGACUUCAACCUUAAAAACUCGAAUAAAUCCCACAGGCACUGUUUUGCUUCAGAUAAAAAAACCAAGCUGAAGCUGGACUGUAACAUCCAAACAUUUCCUUUUAAA